AUGGACUUAGAGGGAAGGUAUGAACUCACAAACGACGUCUUCAUCACUAUAACCGCUGAGCAAAGGGGUCUGAUCUUGCGUUUCUACGGUACCGGAUACGGGUACUUACUCCGCGAACUGCGCGAAGACGUGCCUUUGAGGCCAAUCAGUCCUCCAAAUCGAGAGCCUUCCCCGAGAUGGUUACGGGUGAUUGUCAAGGAUGUCGAAGCCGUCGAACGGACAUCACACCACUCCACGCACAUUCGUUCUCCUCUUCCGACUUUUGGACCCGAAUUCGAACAACAACAACAACAACAACAACAACAACAACAACAACAACAACAACAACAACAACAACAACAACAACAACAACAACAACAAAGCUCAUCAACCCCACUCCAUCCUUCCCUUUACAAGUCCUUAUCAUCCCAUUGCAUAUCUGAAAGACUCAUACGACGGUAA